AGCUGGAGGGCUCAACAUGCGGCCGAAGAGCGAUCUAGUAAGGCUUUUCUCAGUGAAGCUGUGGCUGUUGACAGCCAUUUUCACCUCAACUCAGUUUUUUGGAGCUCAUCAACCCUCAUCCGCCUUGCAUCGACUUCUUGUCGGCGCAUGUUUGGGGCCCUGGGCGCUUUGCAGACGUCGAGGCCGUCGAACGCACAUUCGCAUGUACGGAAGGAGGAGUGUCGAUGAAGAGACCGCUUGGAACGCACAUCGCCGAAUGCAACUUGAGGAGGACAUCUUACGAGAUUUUGGAGCCGCAGCUGGUGGCAGAGAGGCUACUGGUAGUGUUUCCAGCCAAAGACAGCGAGCUAGUAGGAUUGCUGAACACAUCAUUGAGCAGUCAGAGAUUCCAGCAGCAAGUUACUUCUUCCAAGGCUCUUCGUCAAGAAGCACCUUCCUGACAGUUUCCCACUCUCAUCCUUCUGACUUGGAUGUUGUGUUGUUGUGCGAUCGCCAGUGGUUGCGUGCCAAAGGGGCUGAAUCUUUUGCAGGCCUGACCCAAGUGCUGUAUGAAUACGUGGUUUCCCACAUCCACACCGAUGACCUGCAUUACAUGGGUCUUAUUCUGGAGAAAGGUGACAACAAGUUUACCUUUACAGAGGGACGAUGUGGUGUCGAGCUCAAGCUAUCAGUUGAAGAAGGUGGCUGGUGCCAGGAUGAAUGCAUGGAUUUCGUGCUGGCUUACAAUGCCACUGAUGCAGACGGCGCACUUGAACCUGGAGCCAUUCUGGUUUUUGACCGCGUGCUGAAUCGCUGGAGGAAGAACAAUCCAGAUCAGCUGGCAAUACUGACUCAAGAGGCGGAGACCAGACAGAUGUACUACAGCUUAGUGGUGCGCAUGCUGAAGGAGUGGAACGAAUAUUGUCCUCCUAUUCGCAAGCAUGGCACAGUCCCUGGAGCCGUGAAACAUGUGAAGAUGCUGCUUGUCGAGUUGCCCGAGGAAUUUGGAGGCGGCAUGGAGAGGAUUGUUCUGGAUGAAGCAAAUGAAUCGAAAGUGGCAGAAGAAAAACUGAAACAUCCCAUGACGGGCCUUCACAUUGAGAUGGCGCUGUGCUUGCAGCACGAGGGCUUGCGAGACACUUUCUGGGCCAAGCACAUGGCAUCCGGGUGCUCAGAUCCACGAACCGAAGAGCUGUUAGCCUACGAGCCGGAAACACCAUGUGCUAUCGAUUUGCUUGUGGGCGCCGUUGAGCACUUGAUGGUGACGCUGGGGGUGCCUAUUUGGACGCUAGGGGACGAAAUGCGGGCGAACGAAGCCAUGUUGAGCGAUGCAGAACUUCGGCAAAGGACGUGGGAACUGCUUCAGGGGCUACAUCUGGAACUGCAGAAGCUACAACGAGAACCAAAAACACCGGACGCCACUGGCUUCUUGAGAUCAAGGCUUUUGCGGAAUCAUUGUCAGUGGGAUGACUAUCACUGACACUGGACUGGCCGUCGCAUGAUGGACAACAAAUGGCUCAUGGGCAAGGGGUGGAUUUUGUCGAUCAUGAGCAGCA